AUGGAGGAAGUGACAUAUCCUUCGUACCAGUUGACCCCACAAGUGGUCGAGGCCUGGCUCCGAUACACUAUCAGAAAUGACAGCAUUACAGUCGCGGUAAGGCCGAUUGACGCCAUCCACUUCUCAUGUCGGAACAAGAUAUGUCCCCCACCAGUGCCAACCAUGGCCAUGGAUCCUCACGACCGCCUUGUUGACUUGUGCGAAAAUUGGUCACGUUACCCGUGUAAUCUUUUGAGGCCCUUGCAGCUAAGCAGCAUCCUUGAACGCUACCGCCAAUGGCUGAAAAAUGACGAGAAGAGGUUGUUUGACCCCACAGCUGAGAACAUUGGUCUCCUAGAGCUAAGCGAUGGCGAUGAUGCUCACUCUCGCGCUGAGCUAGGCUGUUCCCGCGAGAGCUUUUCUUAUAUCUGCUGUUUCCAUCAAGUCGAUCCCAAAUUCUUGGACUUUGUGUCCUCGUUCGGUGCUACAGAUGAGCCGCUCGACUAUCACAUGACGGGCUUCAUCAGCCAUGUCACCCUGGAUGUAAGUAGCGAACGGUUACUAGAUAUCCCUAAACUCGGUCGUUCAGGCCGUGAGCUGCGUGUGCAGUAUCUUCUGCGCUCAUUGGAGGGAGACGUUAGUCUUCAAGGCGAAACGACGUACAACAUUCGCCAGAUGGCCGUCUACCAUGCAUUCGACCUUGGAACCGGCAAGUCCAUUUGGAUUAACCUCAAAGCAAACAAAGUAAUGGAGCAUAGACUCAAAGAAGCAUCAAAUGAAUUCCCAGUGCUGGGACCCAAGGCUAUGUGCAGUCUAGCAGGGUGCUUUGCGGCAACUUUGACAAUUCACAUGGUUCACCUGGAAUGGUGUGACGAGGAUUGGCGAGAGUGCAUCAAUGAUAUCGAGGCCAAGAUCCGCGGGGUCUUGACGAAGGCUCAGACCGCCCAAAUUGACGGUCGACCGAAAGGUGUGCGACGAGCCUUCACACUAGCAUCUACAUUUUCCAGAACCUUUACAAACGGCCUUCCUGGGCAGGUGAUGCCGGUAACGUCAAGCCUAAAAACAAGAAUCUGGAAAUGGCUUUUCCCGCCGAAUUCGUACGGCGAUGCAGCAGACAAAGCGGGUGCUGUCUCCUCCCAUUCAAUAUCCCAGCUGCUGAGGGACGCCAAAACAAACGAUAAGGACCAGAUUGAUCGACUCAUGAUUCUUGAUACUUUCUCCUUCGAGGAGGUGCAGCAACUUUACUAUUUUGGUGAGCUGCUGGAACGCUUUCGCUUGGUCUUGGAUCUCAACGACCAAACGUUGCGCGAUAUUGCACAGACCUACCAAGGACUGCAGGAAAGAGAAGAAUUUCCCGCCGAAAUCAGGGAUGCCUGCAAAAAAGAGAUCGCGUCUUUUAUUCAGGGCGUUCAUCGCAUUAGGAAAAAUCUUCAAAUACGAAACACUCAGGUAAAGUCGUUGAUGGCAUGGCUGCAGGAGGGCAAGGCCCUGUUUGACGGCAUCUUGCAAUACAGGAACGUUCAGAUCGGCCGUAUCUUUACCGAAAGCUCGGAAGUGCAAUCCGAGAAGAUGGAAGGCAUCGCCGUCAAGACCGAGAAGGAGACCAUCUCUAUGCACGUCAUUACCUUCGUGACACUCGCCUUUCUUCCCGCAAUGCUUGUGGCUACAUUCUUCCAAAGCGGGCUGGUCGAGAUAAACGAGAAUGCAACAAAUGUUAGCGAUUCGGUGGAAUUCCACGCAUUUGCCUUUCAACUAUUCAUCUCCAUAUGUCUUCCUUUGAUGUUCCUUACCUUUGCUUUGUGGAUUAUACUCUCUCGGUGUCUAUCAAGGCGAGCUCGCGACCGGGCAGGACUUGAUCAGGUGUGA